AUGUACCUGGGCUGUCAGUCACGCUCGGAGUCCGUCGCCACCACGGCCCUGGCCGACAACCUCGCCAGGAUCCACGUCGGCUGGGACGAGGCUCACAAUUUGCGCAGCGCCCUGUUGCGGAUCCUCGUCUUUGCCAUCGACCAGCUCGGAUCGACUGAACAGCGUCGGGCCCUCGCGAAUUACUCCCUCGUCGCCAAGUCUUGGACCGGCCCGGCUCAGAGCCUCUUGUUCGGCCAUUUGGUCUUUAUGGACGAGAGCGCAGUGGUGCGGUGGCUCGCUGUAAGUGAUGCGUUUGAUGCGCGGUCGUGCUUGAAUGUGUACAAUGGGUCUUGACUGAUUAAGCUGUCUGAUGUUAUGUUCCAGUCACCCGCGAUCGAUCAUCACAAUGCAGAAUCAGUCUAUAUCGAUGGACGAGGCGGUCAAGUUACGAACGUCUCGACCGAUCAAGUUUUGCGCCGCGUACGCGGCAUCAAGCGGCUGCGCAUCGACUUUGUCAACAACCUGUCGACAUCUGUCUUCACUUAUCCCCAUCUCGACACCUUAACGUCGCUCACAUUACAUACGAAGCUGUGAGUACAGAUUUCGGUCGCCUUGUCUGCCAAUCUCCGAGCUUGCAGGCCCCUGACCUACUUUCGUGGCGCGCGCAACAGGUGGGUCGACCCGAUCCGAAUAAAUCUUCCCUUCUCGCUGCACCAUUUCGUAUUGGGAGGCAGCUAUCACCCCCUGGCUUUCAUUCAUGCCGUUUUCAGCAACGCGAUACGCACCCUCGAGUCCUUGACGACCACAAUGCAAGCCAUGCAGUCGCCUUCACAACGAGCCCUCAUGAACGAUUCCAUCUCGCGCCUCGAAGCGCUGCGGUCCUUUGUCGAUUUUCAGCGCUCGGCCGAGGACUUUGUUGGCCUGUUGGCGAGGCUGCCUUCGACCAUCGAGGAGAUAAGCACGUCUUUUGUGGAUCGAAACAGGCUUCGACUGCUUACCGCCGCCCUGGGACAACCGCACUUGGGCCGACUCCGCUCGCUAAGGUAAGUCCUGCUCCCGACAGGGUCACAUUGUGCAGCAUGCCAAACGAACGCUGAUGACUGUCUUCCGACUAUAGAUUCAUGUACAUGCCGCGAGGAGAACUUCUCUCGACCGAAGCGGGACGCGACUUUAUUGCGUUCUGUCGAGAUCGUCGCAUCAACAUCGUCCACGGGCAUGCCCUGGAUUGCUUGCGCGAAGAACACGCUUUGGCUUCGAACGAGCAGCUUAAAGUCAGUUGA